GAAGAAGAAGCAGGUAUAACAACCAGACGCUCAGCUCCUAUCUCAACAGGGCGAAUAUACUUAUUUUUAAAACGUAUAUCCUUAUUUUACUACCACUCGGACUGUAUCCAGUAACAGUAAGCUGCUAUUCACAUUGUCUCUACUGUAUUUAUCUGGGAAGAGUCCUUUAGCAUCCACUGUGUGUUUACGUCUGGUGCUUUUUAGUAUUUUUAGUGACGUUAUUGCAACUUGCUGGCUGUGACAUUUGCUGACACAGCAUACCUGAGAUGAGCUGAAGACAAUAGGAGCUUCACUGCACACUUUGUCAGGUGAUGAGCGUUGGGAGGCUGUAGCUGAACGUCUGAGGCAUCAUGGAGGAAGACUGCAGGCCUCUGCUGAGCUCCGAGCAGCAGACAGCAGAGAGCUAUUCCCAGAGAGGCUCCACGGACUCCCUGGACUACAGGGCUAAAAGGCCUUUCUACGUGGAGCCCAGGAACAUCGUGGGUGACGUCCCGCAGGAGAGGGUCUCUGCUGAGGCGGCCAUCCUCAACAGCAGAGUGCAUUAUUACAGCCGGCUGACCGCCUCCUCUGACAGACUGCUAAGUCCUCCAGACCAUGUGAUCCCACACACAGAGGAGAUCUACAUCUACAGCCCACUGGGGACAGCUUUCAAGGUGACAGGCAGCGACCACUCCUCUAAAAACCCCAGUUUCAUCACCAUAUUUGCUAUAUGGAACACAAUGAUGGGCACAUCUAUACUCAGCAUACCUUGGGGUAUAAAGCAGGCUGGUUUCACUCUGGGGAUCAUCAUCCUCAUCCUCACCGGCCUGCUGAUGCUCUACUGCUGUUACAUCGUCCUCAAAUCACCAAAAAAUAUACCCUACAUAGACACGUCGGACUGGGAGUUCCCGGACGUCUGUAGAUAUUACUUUGGAAAGUUUGGCCAGUGGUCCAGUUUGGUUUUCUCCAUGGUGUCCCUCAUAGGAGCCAUGGUGGUCUACUGGGUCCUCAUGUCCAAUUUCCUCUACAACAGCGGACAGUUCAUCUACAACUACUCUCACAAUGUCAACAUGUCCGAUUCAGAGUUUGGGACCAACGGCUCGGAUAGAGUCAUCUGUCCGUUCCCCAACACUAACCAUGAGGGGAACCACACCGUCAGCACCCUCUUCCUCAGCGCCAGUGGAAACGAUACUUCAGCCUCUACCUUUGAACACUGGUGGAGCAAGACGAACACCAUCCCGCUCUACCUCAUCAUCCUGCUGCUGCCGCUGCUCUGCUUCCGCUCGGCGUCCUUCUUCGCCAGGUUCACCUUCCUGGGAACGAUUUCAGUGGUGUACCUGAUUUCGCUGGUCACCAUUAAAGCCGUCCGCCUCGGUUUCCACCUGCAGUUCCACUGGUUCGACUACACCCAGUUCUACCUGCCAGAGUUCAGGACGCUUUUCCCUCAGUUCACGGGCGUCCUCACGCUGGCCUUCUUCAUUCACAACUGCAUCAUCACGUUGAUGAAGAGCAACAAGCACCAGGAGAACAAUGUGCGGGACCUGUCCGUGGCCUAUCUUCUAGUCGGGAUCACCUACCUGUAUGUGGGCGUGCUGAUCUUCGCUGCUUUCCCCUCACCUCCUCUCUCCAAAGACUGCAUCGAACCAAACUUCCUGGAUAACUUCCCCACCAGCGAUGUGAUGGUGUUUGUGGCGCGGAGCUUCCUGCUGUUCCAGAUGAUCACAGUCUACCCCCUGCUGGGCUACCUGGUGCGGGUCCAGGUGAUGGGCCAGAUCUUUGGAAACCAUUACCCCAGCUUCUUCCACGUUCUGGCGCUGAACAUUUUAAUAGUUGGAGCCGGCGUCCUGAUGGCCAGGUUUUAUACCAAUAUUGGAUCCAUCAUCAGGUUCUCUGGAGCAACAUGCGGCCUGGCGUUAGUGUUCGUCUUCCCCUCAUUGGUCCACAUGAUCUCCCUGAAGAGGCAGGGGCUGCUCCGCUGGCCCUCAGCGCUCUUCCACAGCUUCCUCAUCCUGCUGGGCUUGGCCAACCUGCUGGGUCAGUUCCUCAUGUGAACACUGAAGCAUUUAGAAGCACCAUGAAGGGAUAUAUGAAAUAAGGAUGUAGAUAAAUGGAGUGCUAAACCACACACGGUGCUUACUAUUCCACUUAUUUAAUGGCUAAAUAAUGACCGGAUGAACCUCAGCAGCCGUAGAUUUAAUAUCUGUUUCUGUGGUAUAAAAUGUAACAUCACACUUACUGUUGUGAUUUAAAAAGGCUUUAUGUUUUAAGGGACUUUAAACCUAUGUCUUGGUUUGAUUAUCUUUGUAUUUCCUCUCACAAUUACCGUUUUUUGAUCGUUUCCUUCAUGAUUAUUCCAACCUGCAGCUCUUUUGUUUCAAAUCAAAUCAAAUCAAAUCAGGUUUUAUUUAUAAAGCACAUUUAAAAGCGAUUUUUGGUCGAGCCAAAGUGCUGUACAUGUAAUAAAAAACACUACCACACCUCUCAUAGUGUUGUUUUGACCUGUGAAACACCACUGUACACUACUCAGACACAUUUAGAGCUGAAACCAAGAGAGUGUUGGACUUCUACCAAUCGGAUGGACAGAGACAUUGCUCCAAAGGAAUCCUCAUGUUGCUCUCUGUCUGCUGGAUGUGGAAAUGCUCCAUCAUAUCAGCUUAAAGUGUGAUGCUGCUUUCACAAAUGUGUUACUGCAGGGUCUAAUUUGUUACAAAAGUGGAUUAACCGCCGGAUAUUCUGAUCAUAUACUGUGGAGUUGUGUCUGCAUGACUCACUUUGGGGAAUUCUCUCACUGUUUUUAUGUUUUAAGGACAGCCAUGUUGUGCGGAUGUAUUUUUGUUUUUCAAGAAACGUUUGGCACAAUCUUUUAAUUGUUAUGAGCAGUGUUGAUUUAUGUGUUUGAUAUGUUUACAUGAUCCCUCUUUUCUAGAUACUGCAUCUAAUGUGUUGUAUGUUACUAAUGAUAGGAUAGACAAAGGGAAUAUGUGCGUUUUAAAUAAACCAUCAGUCUGUGAGAACUGUA